AUGGAUCUUAUGCACUAUGAAAAGUAUUCACGUCAGCUUUUUCUACACUCCUUGGCAUCACAGAUCACACCCAAGCCGGGCCGCAUGCUUCUGCACAACUUUCCACAAAGACGCGGCGCUGCCUAUCAUGCUUGCGCGCAUGGAAAUUAUAUAGAUUAUCAAUGUACAAACAUACCCCACCGAUUGCCAGGGCGAUGCCGCGCGGUCAAUGUGCAGGCGGCCAAGAAGGGCGGCGAUAAGAAAGGUGGAGACAGAAAAGGCCAAAAGAAGAGCGCACUGGCCGACCUCAUGAAAAAGAAAGAGGCAGCAGCUUCAGCAGGGCCAACAGUUCAGACGGCGCAGUACGACACCCCUGAGGCCCGCAUGCUAGCUUUUCAAAUAUGCGAUUCCUACUGGCGCCUCACCAAAAAGUACCUUCUAGAAGGUGUGGAUUUCAACCGGCUCCCCACGGAGGGCGUUACGGACCCCAUCUACACGUACGGCAACCGUGCUGCGCUGGAUCUGUUCGAAGUCACGUGGGACGAGCUGCUACAGACGCCUUCGCGCAAAUCUGCCGCGGAUGACCCCGACGCGCAAAAGGACCGCAACGGGCUGUUGGACAGAGCGGCGGAGACGGGGGUGGUGUCGGGCUUUGAGGUGUGGCGGGUGUCCAAGAGCGGUCGGCGCUUUAAGAUCAAAGAUGGCACCCUCUUCAACAUCAUCGAUCGGGAAGGCAACAAGCUGGGUCAGGCGGCCGUGUUCCACAGAUAUGAGCUGGAAGAUGGUCGCGAGGUGCAGAUCACAGCGCCGCCACCGGAGGCCGAAGCGGGAACGGACGGUGUGGGUGAGGAGGAGAGUCCGGCCAUCCCCAGCCCGGCGGAGAUUCAGGGGGCGGAGGCGGCGGUUUCGGACCAGGCGGCGCACGUGAGGUCUCUCAAGGAGCAGCAAGGCCUGACAAAUCAGGACAUCCCCGUGCAGUUGGCGGUGUUCGAACUCAAGAAGCGGAAAGAGCACCUCGCCAAACUGCAGAAGCAGCUACAGGACGCGUUGGCCGCAUCCUACGCCCUGUUCGACGAUGAAGACGACGAGUAA